AUGGAUGCUCUUGGAGUAGAUGACUUCAAAAUUGACGAGGAGAUCACCAGCUCCAUGCUACAACUAGACAAUGAUGAGCUCGAAGCAUUUGCAGGGCUCUACGAGGAUUUGACUGAUGACAAAGAAGUCGAGCUGUUCAUCUUCACUUGCUUCCUGCUUUUCAAGAAAACGGGUUCUAUCGACUGGGCCGACCGUUCAUUCAGACGAGCUCAACGGUGGACCGCGUUGACACCGCUUGACAGUAGCCAAUAUAGGCGACGCUAUCGGAUGAGGAACUCGAUCAGGAACUUCGCCAGUGAACAUGGCCAUGAAACCCUCCUCGGAGACCAAGAGCUCGAAAUGAAAAUCUUAAAUGAUCUUUUUAGCGGAGCUCGAUAUGGGGUGACAGGGUCUAUUGAAGACCUCACCGACACGAUCAACUUUAGAGGAAAUCUUUUGAGUCAACUGCCUCCGAACCACCCAAAAAGACCGGAAGCCAUGGUAGCUUUGGCCAAGUGGCUCGUCGUACGAUUUAAAAAGGACAAACAACUUCAUCUCGAUGACCUCCUGGCAGCGAUAAAAAUUAUCCAGCCUCUGACACGCGUUGAAGCAGUCGAUCCUCUUUCUCGCGCGGAGUUGUUACUUCUUGUCAGCCAGUGGCUCAAUAUGCAGUACGAGUGUGACAAGGAUUUGAAAACCCUCGGCUAUGCGAUCGAUGCUUGUCGUCAUGCAUUAUGCUUACCCUUUGAGUCCGAUGGGUUGCACUGCCAAAUUUGUACAGAACUUGCGAAUAUGCUUAUGGUGCGAGCAGUGAAAACAAGAAAUCCCACCGAACUUCAUGAAGCAAAUGCAACAAUUGAAACUUUGUUGGAAAGUCCCACGCUUGGUCAGUCUGGUCGAGUCACCGCUUUCAAUAGCUUGGCUGUCUGUGCGGCGAUGAGUUUCAGCAUUUCUGGGGAAUAUGAGGAUUUAGGUCGUGCCAUUGACUACAUUGAGAUGGCUUUGGAAUGCCCUCCGAUCGAUUCCUCCACCAAGGAAGCCCCGAUGAUGAACCUAGUUCAGACUAUCCACACUCUGACAAAGGGCCUGGGAGCUUGCGGUUGCCAGACUCAGAUCAAUAGAGCCAUCAAGUUGCUCGAAGUUAACUUGAAGAGGGGCAUUGGGGGCGACUUUUCUUAUUAUAGGACCUUGAUCGGGCCCGCAUCUUCGCUUGCUGACCAUUUCAGCGUCACUAAAGACAAUGAAUAUCUUGACCAAGCUCUCAGACUAAUGACUCGCUACUGA